ACGCGGCCCAAUUAACAUUAACCUGCAGCGGUGCAUCGGCAGACUACCAGUAGGGGGAAAAGAAAAAAAAUCAAGUUUUUGAGAUCAAACAAUGUCGUCUAAAACCCUAGCUCGCGCCGGAGCUUCGCUCUUCAGUCGCCUCUUCGUAGCCAAUUCCUCUAAGCAAAUCUGUGUUCCCCUUCUUCCCGAUCUGCCUCCGAUCCUUCGCUCUUCAUGUUCUCCUGCGAACUUAGUAGCCGCUUUCCCUCCGCCGUCAACAGGCAGGAACGGAGGAGUCAAUGGGACACAAAACAUUCUUGCUUCCUCUCAGGAGAUGUUGUUCCCCUGUGGCCUGCCGUCACUUCGCUUCUUCAUUGACGAAGGAAUUGAUGAUGGAACAAAGGAGCCCAUGCAACUUCUUCCAAAGAGAACUUACCAGCCAAGCCACAUUAAGCGGAAGAGGGCUCAUGGUUACCGUGCACGAAAGGCAACCAAGGGAGGGCGUAAGGUAAUUGCUCGGAGGAUCGCAAAGGGUAGAGCAAGGAUUGCCGUUUAAUAUGUUUAUGGAUUCUGUGGACGUGGAAUGAUAAUGGUAUUGACGUUAGGUUUCAGUAUUCACAAUAAGUUGGAAAAAAAAAUGCAAACCUCUAGGCUCUUUGCAAUUUGAUAACUUUUUUCCAGGCUCUUGUUUGCAGCCUAGUGUUUUUCAUCCUCUUGUAAAAUCUGUUAUCAGAAGAUUCACCAAUCAAUUGUUUUCUUAUGUCAUUGAUGUAUUCAAACUUUCUAUUGGGUUACUCCCAUGAAUUUCCACUCUGAUGCUUGUAUGUCUAA